GAUUCCGCGCCCGCCAUGGCCGACAAAAUGGAUAUGUCCCUGGACGACAUCAUCAAGCUGAACCGGAGCCAGCGGGGCGGCCGCGGCGGGGGCCGGGGUCGAGGCAGGGCCGGCUCUCAGAGCGGCCGCGGCGGCGGACUGCAAGCCGCCGCGAGAGUGAAUCGAGGCGGAGGGCCCAUGCGGAACCGGCCGUCCAUCGCCCGCGGCGCAGCGGGCGGCGGCGGCAGAAAUCGGCCGGCGCCCUACAGCAGGCCGAAACAACUUCCCGACAAGUGGCAGCAUGACCUUUUCGACAGCGGCUUCGGGGGCGGAGCCGGCGUGGAGACGGGCGGGAAGCUGUUGGUGUCAAACCUGGAUUUCGGAGUGUCAGACGCUGAUAUUCAGGAACUCUUUGCUGAAUUUGGAACACUGAAGAAGGCAGCUGUGCAUUAUGAUCGAUCUGGACGAAGUUUAGGGACAGCAGAUGUGCACUUUGAACGGAAGGCAGAUGCCCUGAAGGCUAUGAAACAGUACAAUGGUGUCCCUUUGGAUGGACGCCCCAUGAACAUCCAGCUCGUCACAUCACAGAUUGAUACACAACGGAGACCUACACAGAGCAUAAACAGAGGUGGUAUGACUAGAAAUCGUGGAACUGGAAGUUUUGGUGGUGGCACCCGGAGAGGAACUCGUGGAGGCAGCCGAGGAAGAGGCAGAGGUACUGGCAGGAAUUCAAAGCAACAGCUUUCUGCAGAGGAACUAGAUGCACAGCUGGACGCCUAUAAUGCAAGGAUGGAUACCAGUUAAACAGCGGGGCAAAUCCGCACGUGCAACAGGACCCAGGCGCCUCAUCCAUCAUGAUGCUAGCUGGAGGGGGUGGCAACUGGACUGUAUGGCCAAUGAUGGAUUUUUUUUUAAUUUCUGUUUUAAAAAUAGGAUUUAAAAGCUCAUUUAAAGGUUUUCUUUUUUUCUUUUUUUCCUUUUCUUUUUAAAUUCUGAAACAAACCUGUUUUGUACCGAGUUAUUUUUGGGAUAAAUUUUACCAGUUGCUGUUGUGGAGAAGGUGGUAUUUUCACCUUUGCCAUAAUAAAAUAGAAAUGUGUGUAGAA